GUCUCGCAGUCUGGAUUGCGGUAAAACACUUCCGUGAACUGCGAUUAUAUCUGGCAGGAGGGAUUAUCGGGGACUGUUUUACGGUGUUGAUGAAAACUCACGUGGGAGCUUUGUUUGCUGUCUCUUGCUUCGACCUCAUUAUUUUAUUCUCUCCAACAUCAUCAACGAGCCGAUAUCUCCUAGAAGAUCAGACUUUGUUUGGCUUGUUUCAGAUUUUGGAGGUCGUGAUGUUCGUGCUAGGACCACGGCUGAUCCUUGGCAUUCGAGAAUAUAAUGCUGAACUCGUGGCUGACUCCGAGAGCGUGUGCAUAUAUCGACUGGCAGUGGUGUGUAAUGCUCGAUGAAGUUGACGCGAACCGUUGUCUAGUGCUUGCAGGGAGCAUGGGCAAUUUGUUUUUUGUUUCUAUUCCAAGCCUCGUUGCAGUGCUCAAGUAGUUAUUUGGUAUCACAAAAUAGAUGUCAAGGAGACAUAGGUUUAG